ACCCCAGCCCUACGAGGAGCAGAUGCGCAUCCAUGCCCAGGUGUCACGGGCUCGGCACGAGCGGCGCCAUAGCGACGUCUCACUUGCCUAUACAGAACUGGACGAGCCUCUGCAUGGCCCCGGUGGGCGGCAGUCACGCCUCCCUCUGUUGGGAGGCCCAAGUCAACGCUCGUACUCCAUGGACAGGAGCUCACCGGGACGUCGGAUGUCGAAUCAUAGCCCACCAACACCACACCGCAGCCCUGUGCUGGGUGAUAGCCGCCGAGGACUGGCAGAGCCAACGAGGAAACCCAUACCCCAACAGCACCACUUGGACCCUAGCUCAGCUAUGCGCAGGAACAAACAGGACAAAAUGGAUAGCAUGCUACGAAACGACUCUCUAAGCUCAGACCAAUCCGAGUCGGUUCAGCCUCCUCCACCUCGACCACACCGCAGCAAACGCCUUGGUAAGCUCAGAACCAUGGGCAGCUUCAGCAGCUCAGAGGAGGAGUUGGCCACCACGCCAGAGUACACCAGCUGUGAGGAUGUGGAGCUGGAGAGCGAGUCCAUCAGCGAAAAAGGAGAUAUGGAUGGUCACUGGUGGGACCAUGCGUCUUGGCAUAGCGAGGCCUCCUCAAUGUCUAUGCACCCGGUGACAUGGCAACCAUCCAAAGAUGGAGAGCGCCUAAUAGGGCGGAUAGUGCUAAACAAGCGGAUGAAAGAUGGCACGGUGCCCAGAGACACUGGGGCACUGCUGGGCCUCAAGGUGGUGGGAGGGAAGAUGACAGAGUCUGGCAGACUUUGUGCUUUCAUUACGAAGGUGAAGAGAGGAAGUCUUGCAGACACUGUCGGCCAUCUCCGACCAGGCGAUCAGGUCCUGGAGUGGAACGGGAGGGUCUUACAGGGAGCCACAUUCAAGGAAGUUUACAAUAUCAUUCUAGAAUCCAAGCCAGAGCCGCAGGUGGAGCUGGUGGUCUCACGGCCCAUCGGAGAUGUCCCUAGAAUACCAGAGAGCACACAUGGACAACUUGAAUCAAGUUCAAGUUCCUUUGAAUCUCAAAAAAUGGGCCCGUCCAUCUCUGUCACGUCCCCCAUGAGUCCUGGCAUGCUCCGGGACAACCCUCAGUAUCUGUCCGGACAGCUUUCAAGUCCAUGCCUUAGUAGAAGAACCACGCCUUUUGUCCCUAGGGUCCAGGUCAAGCUGUGGUACGAUAAAGUAGGACAUCAGCUCAUCGUCACUAUCCUGGGCGCCAAAGACCUGCCUUCACGAGAAGACGGGCGACCCAGGAAUCCAUACGUCAAAAUCUACUUCCUCCCCGACAGAAGCGAUAAAAGCAAGAGGAGAACGAAAACAGUGAAGAAAUCUCUGGAGCCCAAGUGGAACCAGACGUUCAUGUACUCGCCGGUGCACAGACGAGAGUUCAGGGAGCGCAUGCUGGAGAUCACGCUGUGGGACCAGGCCAGAGUCCGAGAGGAGGAGAGCGAGUUCCUGGGAGAGAUUCUGAUCGAGCUGGAGACGGCACUGGUGGACGAUCAGCCUCACUGGUAUAAGCUCCAAACACACGACCUGUCCUCCAUGCCACUGCCGAACCCCUCGCCCUGCAUGCAGAGACGCCUCCUGCACGGAGAGAGCCCCACACGCAGGCUGCAGAACAAGGGCCCGUAUUUUUACAACUCAGGGUCACAGAGAAUCAGUGACAGCGAGUUCUCUGAUUACGACGGUGAAGACGGGAUUGGUGUUAUCUCAGAUUACCGGCACAAUGGCAGGGAUUUCCAGAGCUCCACUCUGUCUGUCCCGGAGCAGGUGAUAUCGUCCAAUCACUGUUCCCGAUCGGACGUGACCCGCACACGCUCACGCUCACCCAGCGUCCCUCCACCACAAAGUCGAAGUUUAGACCACGGUGUGAGAGGAGGACCCUCGCAGUACGGCCCCCGACAUCGCCUGUCUGAAGACAGAUACUCACCAGACAGCCAGUAUCUUACCCUCCCUCCUCGAACCAGACACAGGCAGCCAAGUGUCGACCCCGCUAUCCAGGACCCCAGUAUGCACCCCCUCUAUCGGGAGGACGCGGUCAGGUUACUGCGCUCCACUAGGAUGGCCCGUGCCUUCUCAGACGGGGCUUACAAUAGCGUGGACAGCAUAUCUGCCAGUUCUCUUGACCCAAAGUUACUUGAUUUCUGCUUUUGUGCUUCGAGCGAUCUUCACCUGUGCCUGGAAGUGCCGGAUAAAGAGAGUUUAAGAGCUCCGCCACUUUAUCACCUAGAUAAGGCCAACUUACCCAACCCGACUCUAACCACUGCACUCUCACUUUCUGUUCUGACUCAUAGUAUGCACCCCCUCUAUCGGGAGGACGCGGUCAGGUUACUGCGCUCCACUAGGAUGGCCCGUGCCUUCUCAGACGGGGCUUACAAUAGCGUGGACAGGAGGAUGAGGAAAGAUAGGCAAAUGUCUGCCUACAGUGACUCAUUUGAAUCUCCUGAGAGAUAUUACAAUGGGCCCAAUCAUGUAUCUACUCCAUGGCCCAAUCAUGUCAUGAAUGGAACCAGUGCAGACUACAGGUAUAGCCGCAGCAUGGUGGACAGACAUGACCAUUACAGGUCCAGGUCAGCUGACCAGCGGCCCAUGAUGGAGCGACCGGUCUACACGCGCUCCCGCUCGUCCGAGCGGCCCGACUCCGGCUACAUGAGAUCCAUGCCGUCCUUACCGUCAGGGAGAUCCGCCCCUCCCUCUCCUGCCUUAACGAGGGCAAACAUCCGAACGGGAUCGGUCCAAACAAGUCCCAGCAGCACGCCAGUAUCGAGUCGAAGAGGUCGGCAGCUACCGCAAGUCCCACCAAAGAGCUCUAUGGACAGAAAAGAUGACGAGGGCAUUACUGAGCCUUAUGAAGUGGUGGGAGGGGCUUCACACCCCUUGGCCCCACCCCCUCCACCUCCUCAAGCCACACAAGCAAUGGCUGCUCAUGUCUGGAUGGAGCCUCCUGUCCUGGGCCCCAACAUACCUCCUCCUGCACAUGCUCCUCCCUCUCCUGCACUUGCCCAUCUGCCUUCUUCAGUUGCCACUCCCCCACCCACACAUGCCCCUCCCUCUCCAGUACAUGCUCCUCCCCCUGCCCCAGCCCCUCCUCCUCCUCCUCCUCCACCCGCUGCUGCUCCAUCAUCAGCCUCACCGCUUAUCCAGCAGGCUUCUGUGCCAGAAUCCCAGGAAAAACCUGUAGCUCCCCCAGCUGUCAAUGGGAGGAAAGAGGUCACAUGGGAGGACCAGCAGAAGAAAGCUCCUGCUGUAGUGUCAGAGUCAACAGUGUCAGAGAGUGAAGAUGCAGGCACUUUGAAGGAUCCAUCAAGGCGUGGGAUGGACAGUCUCUCCAUGAGGUCGUCGGACAGUGAUGUAAGCGACGUGUCCGCUUUGUCGAGUGCGUCUCGUCUUAGCAGCACGAGCUACAUGUCUGUCCAGUCAGAAAGGGUGCGAGCGAGCCGCAGGAUCAGCCGUGCGGAGGCUCUUCAGAGUCAGGGAGAGGAGGGCUCUGUGUCUGUGGAAGAGCAGGUGGAAGCCACUACAGCUAGUGCACUGGGGGCGGGGCAUGAUGGGGAGGUGGGCGGGGCUACUGUCAACCCAGAGGAAGAGGAAGAACAGGAGGAACCUGAGAGGUUAGAGGAAGAGCGUCUCAUAAACCCAACUAGUGUCCUUCAGCUUGCCCCUAAAACUAGGAAAUACUGCAGUAGCAUCAGUUCUUGCAUAACCAGCACUCAGAGACUCUUGCGUGCAGAUGUUGAGAGAGAGAUUGCCAUGGUGGGACUGGGGAAGAAGAGUCAAAGCACCUCCCAGCUGGACCCAGAGGAGGAGGGUAAGAAGAAGAAGCCGGUGCGUCUGGCGAUCCAGCGGAGUGUAGAGACUGGUUUAGCCGUCGAGAUGAAGAGCAGGAUGACACGGCAGCCCAGCCGGGAGACCACAGAUGACGGCGAUAAGGUGAAGCCUGGAAAUCUAAUCUUCCCUGGAGUGAAGAUCUCUUCAGACAGCCAGUUCACUGAGUUUUUGGAUGGUCUUGGCCCCGCCCAGCUGGCAGGGAGACAGACAUUGGCCACGCCUCCAAUGGGUGACAUCCAGAUUGGUAUGGUGCACAGGAAGGAGAGGCUGGAUGUUGAAGUUAUUCGGGCUCGAGGCCUGGUGGGCAAACCAGGGAACAAACAGACGCCAGCACCUUAUGUAAAAGUAUAUCUGCUGGACAAUGGGAAGUGCAUCAACAAAAAGAAAACACGGACGGCAAGAAAAACACUGGAUCCUCUUUAUCAACAGCAGCUUCAGUUUGAGGAGAAUCCUGAAGGAAAGGUUUUACAGAUAAUUGUUUGGGGGGACUAUGGACGCAUGGACCACAAAUCCUUCAUGGGAGCCGCCCAGAUCCUGUUAGACGAUUUAGAGCUGACCAACAUGGUGAUUGGCUGGUACAAGCUCUUCCCUCCCACCUCAUUAGUGGACCCAACCUUGGCACCUUUAAGUAGUAAACCUCCAGGUUCAGGCCUGGACAGUUCCAACGUUCGGUCGUAGCGGCACGAGGAGGUGAGCGGUAGAGAGCGGCGUGAGUAGCUCCAGCUACAGACAGAGAGGAGACGGGUCACGUCCUGGUUACACUGCAUGCUUGAUGUUGUGUCCUCUGAGCCCAUGCGACAAGAGGCUAAGAAAAGGCCUACGUCCUUCUGCCAAAAAAAUAACCGAAAAGAAAAUGAAUGCUGCUGUCACACGCAGGGAAAGAACGAUAGAGGAAGUCUCUCCGUUCCGCUGAAGAGAUGCAGCCAGGGAUUCAGUGGAGUCUGACUCUUAACUGUAGGACGUUAAGAGUGCUGAUUUCCACCAGAAUAGGAAGACGCCGUUUUACUCUGGAUGUUUUCUCUCUGUUGAAUUCAAAGAGAUGUCAGUGUUUCUUACCUAGAACUUGAUGCAUUGUAGCCAUUACUGUAAGCCAAGCUGUCAAAAGAAGAUCCAUAAAGAGAGAAGCACUUGGCUAAGAUGGGACAGUAAAGGGUAACCUCAGAGAGAUGACAUUCUCAUGGGAAUGACCCUACAUCAAGCCAGAUCUCCACUGGAUCGCUCUUCAAGGUUCAGUGAUGAGGAAAUGGAUAUGGCCAGAGUUCCUGUUCGAUUCAGGAAACAACAGAAUUCUGAGAAAAGAAAAGAAAAUUUAAUUAAAUAAUUAAAUAAUGGACCUUUUUGUGCUCCGGUAUGAUGUUCUCUUUGUUGAUGUACUGUAUGAAAUUUAUGAUUUUUUUUCUUUCUUUUUUGCAUGGAUGCAAAAAAAUUGUUUUAUUUUCCUCAAGACAAAAAAAAAUAAAAAGAAAGAGAGGAAGAAACUUAUUUAAGGAUGACCAGAUCAGCCAUUUUCAACAAUUUGUAUUAUUUUUAAUAUGAAAUUCUCUAGUGCAUGAUUUUCAAAGAGACUGAAUGCAAAAUGAUAACGAUGUGAUUGUCAUCCUUUCGAAUAUUUUUCUGUAUUUUUACAGAUCUCGGUUACAGGUGUGGUCUGGUGAGACUUGGCAUCUCAUAUUAUUAAUGGAAAAAAAAGCAAGGGAUGGCCGAGGAAAACAAUAAAUGUACAAUAUUGAUUUUGCUAUAAAAACAAACAUGAAAAUUGUACAUUCCUCCCUUCAAAUGCAGCCAUAAUUCUUUGUUCAUGUGGAGCCAGAGCUGUAGAUUAUCAGAUGGGUCUGUCAUGAUUCCACUGUGUUCUAUUACACUAGAAUGGCUCAUUCAUUCAAAGCAAGCAUGUUGAAAAGGGUCUGCAACAUGGAUUGAGCACACCGUCUGAGUAAUACAGCAUGUUUUGAUAGAGACAUCUGGGAAUUUUUUGCAGUUUUGUGUACAGUGCAUGUGGACCAGAGGCUUGGCCAUCCCCCCUAUCUGUCGUCCACAGAUUCAGGUCAGGGUCGAGCUUUUGUGGCCGACGGUUCAGACAUUCAACGCAACAUUCCACCUCUUGGCACUCAUUUUUCUUGAAGUUUUGAAAAGAAUAAAAGAAAAGAAAAUCAAACAGAUGAAAGAAAACUAAAAAACAUGGGGGAAAAAAGAAGAAAAUUUAUAUUUAUUCAAGGUUGACUUGGAAAAAAAGGUUGCAAGUAUAUUUUAUUUUAUUAUUGUUAUAAAGAAAAUGUCAUAAAAACAGAUCCCAUUGGAUGGUGCUGUACGAAGUCUCUGAACUCUUAGUGGACUGGACAAUGUUCAUUCUCGUCAUGUUGUUCAACGCAACGGACACUGGUUGUCAAAUGAGGAGUGAGUCACAGUUUGUGGAGAUGGGAAAAUUGCCACACAAUAUGAAUUUUUAAUUGUUUCUUGUUUUGAGAGAAUAAAAUUCAUUUACUAAUCCCUGUGUUCAUUCACCAAACUUUCUCACAGACAAAAAAUACCAAAACAUUAACUUUCAUGGCCACUUGACAUACUGCAGAGCAUCUUGACGCCAGUA